AUGAGUACUGAAAAGGAAGCUUCAUCCACAUUUUGGCGUCGAAUUAUCGAUCGGCUUGUUCAAUUGAAUCUUUACAAAGACAAAGAAUCCUUAGCUCCAGAUCAGCAGAUCUUCAGCACUCGACUCUACAUUGUUGUCUUUGCAAUAUCUAUGCUUAUUCUCUUUAUCUUCACUGGAGUUAGUAACCAAACAUACGUCGUCAUUGUCCCAUUCCCAUCUUUAACAACUUUUGAGCAACUUUCCAAUAAAUAUCCAUCAACACUUUCAUGUCCUUGUUCACAAAUUUCCAUUCCAUACGAGAAAUUUCUCUCGUUUGAUCCUGAAUAUCAUCAAGUAUGUUCAAGUGCAUUUGUUCGUGAUGAAUGGACUCAAUCUUUGUUCAACAUGACAAUGACCGAUCAUUAUCCACUGGACUUUCGUUUGAUUGCUUCAUCACAAUUUCAAUUUCUUGGAUUAUUUUGUCGUACAACAAAUACGAGUGUUGUUGAUGCAAUUGAAGAGUUUCUUUCGUCGGAAAUGAUUUCAACGAAUGCAUUAUUUCGCGCUGCUUUCGAUAUUCAAAUGGUAACGCUAGUCGAACAAUUACAAUCAUUAACAACGAUUAGCUACAACCGUACUCAUCGAUUACUAUCGUUGAGUUUGUCUCAAAAUCAUGUGUUUUCUUCGCUUCGAACCAACUUCUACGUGCAAAAUACACCAGGGUCAAAUAAAUACAGCACUUAUUAUACAUAUUAUCCAUAUUCUUUCAAUCAAUCAAAUAUUUCGUCUGUACCAAUCAGUGAAGAUGAUAGUUGCAGUUGUCUGGAUACAUUCGACUGUAAUUUUCCAUCGGGAAUAUUCAAUUGGUCAAAAGCGGGAUCAAUUGUACCAGAAGAAACCCUAUGGCCAUAUCCGCCUGCGAUGGUUUCAGCGAAUGGUAUGCAAGCGGGUUGUAUUCCACAAACUUCGUUAUUAUCAUCAACACUUGAAUGUUUCUUUAAUGAAACGUGUCUCAGACGUGUUCUGUCUUCAAUCGGUGGUCUUCGUAAUGUUAGUGCACUUAAUAUAACAGAAAAUGUUUCGAAUUAUCAUUCAGAUACAUUGAUCAGUGAUAUAGUUAAUAAUUUAAUGAUAGAAUCGAUCCGUAGUACAGCUGAUUUUCCGAGUUAUUUCGAAGCUUGUAAACCAAAAGCGUGCAGCUAUUCCUAUUCGCAAAGAUUUGGUAUAAUCUAUGUGAUAACAACCCUGAUUAGUCUCUGUGGCGGAUUGAGUGUUGUUAUACACAGUUCGUCUCCGAUUCUUAUUGGACUUAUUACGAAAAAGAAGCAGCACAAAGUGACGGAAGAAGCCGAGGAAUUAAAGGGUGAAGUCAAACAAACUAAACCUGAAGUUAAAGGUUAUAUUAAUCAACUUUACCUGAAGGUUAAAAACGCCUUGUUCACUUUAAAUUUGUUUAAAAAGAAAAUAGAAAAUGUCCGUCAGGGUAUUUAUUCAACUCGCGUUUAUAUUGUUUUACUCGGUAUAGGCGUCAUCGUUUUGGCCAUUUACUCAGCAUUUAUUCAGAAUUUAACAACUAUCACAGUAGAAAAUCCCACUCAAUCGCAAUUCGAAGAACUCUAUCAGAAAUAUCCAUCGACAUUAUCAUGUCCCUGUAAACAACUUUCAAUGCUUUAUUCGACUAUAAUGGCCAUCGAACCUCGGUAUCAUCAGAUUUGCCAAAGUACAUUUGUUCGAGCCGAUGGUUGGCUCAAAUAUUGGCCUUUAGAAUCGGUUAACGCGAGUGAUCCAAAUGCUCCCGCCUUUUUCGGAAGUGAUUAUCGAAUAACUGGUGAAGCAUUUUUCGAUCAACUAAGAACAUUCUGUUAUGUAGCAGCUGAAAUUAUAACAACUGCGGUCGAAGUAUUUAAUAGUACAAAUUUCGUUAGUGCUCAACCAUUAGCAGAAGAUGAUUUCAAUGCACAAACAUCAUCUCUAUUUACUCAAUUUAAACAAGAGACGACUGAGUCAUUCAGUUCACUGUUUGAUAUUGUGUAUAACACUAUUCGUCUCAACCAAUAUCUCGUAGCUGGUGCAACAAAUGUUGUUCCAAGAUCUCAAAAGAUCAACGGCACAUGGAACGUUCGUUAUCAAUCGAAAGUUUAUACAAAUGGCAAUACGACAUGUUUAUGUGGCACAUCGAGUCUUUGUACAAAACCGCAAGGAUAUUAUUGUUCCGCGAACAGUUGUCACGCAGGUGCAUCAUUACCAAAUUAUACAAUUCCGGGUUUAUAUGUCGGCUGUUUCCCUAUUGAUUCAACUCUUCUGUCCACACUCCAAUGUUUUUACGAUCAAUCGUGUAUUCAAAUGUUAAUCGAUUUGCGUGUUUAUGAUUACGAAGCGUACAUCGUCCCAGUUAACUUAACUAAUAUAACUGCAUUAGAUCGUUCAUUACAAAGUCAAUAUCAUCCGAAUACUACGCUUGAUAUAAUCAUUUCAAAAUUAUUCAUCGAAAACUGGGUACAAAGUGUUAAUUAUGCUUCACAUUAUGCUCAAUGUCAACCAGCGACUUGUAAAUAUACAAUUGUUGAAAAACGUCAGCCCAUCUUUAUCGUUACGAACGUCAUCGGUUUGUUAGGCGGACUGACCGCUAUUCUCAAGAUUAUUGUUCCAUAUUUGGUCGAUUUUGCUCAGCAAAUGUACUGUCGAUAUAAAAACAGGAAGCAACAACAAAACAAAACCGAUAAAUCGAAAAAGCGUUCGUUCGGUCAGCUGGUUAAUUAUAUUUGGCAAAAACUUCGAACUCUAAAUGUCUUUGAGGAAGAACUGCCUGAAAACUAUCAUAUAAUAGCUACUCGAAUCUAUUUUGUCUUGUUGUUCAUGUCAGUCAUUAUCAUAACACUUUAUGUUGGACUAAGUCAACAAUCUCAUUCAUUUACUGUUGAUUCACCAAGUGAAACUCAAUUUGAAUAUCUUUAUUCUCAGUAUUCAUCAACAUUGAUGUGUCCUUGUUCGCAAAUUUCGAUUUCGUACGAGAAAUUUCUCGACGUAUCACCUGUAACGCAUCAGAUAUGUUCAAGUCAAUUUAUUACAUCGAAUUGGUCCACAGGUUUAUACAAUUUGGGUUCGACUUGGUCAGUACCUGAUUGGUUUCUCCUUAGCACACAAUUUCGUCUACUUUCGUCAUUGUGUAACAUUACUAAAAGCACCGUCGACCAAUCGAAAUCCAGUUUUCUAUCAAAUAAGCUUGUAAGUGCCGUAACUAUUCCAAAAAGUUUGUUUGAGGCUCAACUCAAUUCCAUGGUUACACUUUUAAUCACACAUACUCCGAGAAAUUUUCGUCGUACACUUGAUUUCAUCAUAAAUGGACAUCAAUCUAAUCAGCUGCAAGAUCAAUUCAUGUCCAGUUGGAAAAUGGUUUAUUCAACUUCACAAGAAAACUAUUUAUUUCGCACAGUUCCUGUUGUAUAUAAUAAUGGUACAUGUAUUUGUGCCAGAGGGACGUCAACAUGCUCAAGAGCAUUGAGCUUUUUGAAUUCGUCUACUGCAAUUACUAUCCCAGGUAAUUUAAGGUCAUCUUUGUUUCGUAUUACACAUUUGGAGUUUUCAGGUUUGAAUGCGGGAUGUUCGGCGAUCUUAGGCCUUCGUUUAUCAACAUUUGAAUGCCUAUAUAAUCGAACAUGUUUAAAUUCUCUCAAUGCAUUGAUGAAUUUCUCAGUUCCAGCGGAACCUCUCGAUUUAUCGAAGAAUAUUCUAUAUAAGUCCAGUACAACACCAAUCGGUUUGAUGAUUGACAAUCUUUUCAUCGAAACGUGGUUCAAUGCCUCGAAUUAUUCAAAUUAUUUUUCUGAGUGUGCUCCGACAAUCUGUGAAUAUUCCUAUGUUCAACGCAAUGAUAUCAUUUAUCUUGUUACAAUUCUGGUAGGUCUCUACGGUGGACUGACAGUUGCUUUGCAAGUAAUCGUUUGGCAUGGUACGAAAGUAUUUCGUCAAAUUCACAAUCGAUGCUGUCGUUUCGGUAAAGUGGCUUUGGACACAACUGCUGAAUAA